CAAUCAGGCUACGUCAUUCGUCAAAACAAUAUCAUCGUUGGCCAUCGUUCAGAACACUAGUGAUAUCGAGCGCAGCCCAUGCACACAACCAGCGAAAAGGUGGAUUGCUGAAUAUCGUGCGAAGUCACGGUUUGCAUACGGGGCGGGUUUUUGUUUGUGUCACUUCACUGCUUUAUGUGAAACCAAAAAAUCAGACAGCCGUCGAGCAAUGGUCACGUGAAAGAAGCAGACAUACCUCGAGAACAGACAUCACGAUGGGCAAGAAAUACACUCUUUCUCAGCAAAAAUAUCGAGCAAAACAGAGAGCCGUCACUGAACGUAUAAAGAGAGAGGAAGCAGAAGCAGCAGCAGCUGGUGCAGCUUUGCAAGGAGAAGUGUCCGAGAAAGUAGCCAAGGCACCUGAGGUUGGGGUUCUCAGCAGCGCAACUGGGGAGCGCAGACUGCCCGAGUCCCCCGAACAAGAAGAGUUGAACCCUCCUGAUGACUUGGAGCAAACCUCAGAUACUGAAAGCACCAUUGCCACUCCAGACACGCCUGCAAAGGCUUCAGCUUCUCGUCACCUACAAGGCAGUGGCAGCACAGAUGAAAGCGCCUCUGAAUCUGCAGACAGUGAGCCAGCCGAGGUCUUGCAGGAGAACAUUGUGAACGAUGACUGCCAAGAGACUUCAUCGGAUCAUGUUCCAGACAGCUGCAGAGACUGCAGUGAGCAGGACAG